CGGCCGGCAGAGCGACGCGCAGCCCCGCCGGCGCGGACCCCGACGACGCCCCUGUCCGGAGCCCGCGCAGGCCGGGCCGCCCUCGAGGGCCGGGAGCGGCGCCCGGCGGCCGCCCCUGCAGGCCUCGUCUCUGCUGGGACCUUCAGAGGCCCCUCCGACCUGAAAGAUGAGGAAAGUGAGGUUCACAGAGUGGAAACCUCUUGCCCAGCUGGUGAGUGGAGGACUCAGGCUGGCUGUCCAAAUCUGGAGCCUGUGAUUCUUCCCAACCCAGGCCUUGUUCUCAGAGCUGAACUAAAUGCUGUGACAGGGCUAGGUCAGGACACAGGAGUGAGAGGUUAACUCUAUAGAGGAAGCGGUGACAGCUUCUCUGGGCCUUGAAGGACGCGUUGGAGAGAGGAAGAACACUGCAAGCAGAAAAAUAGCAGGUACAGAGACACAGAAGUGUGAGGCUGCCUGGCGUCUGGGGCAAAGCACGCCUACGGACGCCAUGUGGGGGGCUCUGAGGCCCCUGUCUUCGCUGCUGCCACCUCUGCUGCUGCUGGUGCUGGUGCUGGGGUUCGGGCCCAGGGUGGCCACCGGCGGUGGGGCCGCCGGGGCAGCGGGCUACCCGCCGGUGCAGUACGUCCAGCCCAUGCACAAAGGACCCGUGGGGCCGCCCUUCCGCGAGGGCAAAGGCCAGUACCUGGAAAUGCCUCUGCCACUGUUGCCAAUGGACUUGAAAGGAGAGCCCGGCCCCCCUGGAAAGCCCGGGCCACGGGGUCCCCCCGGCCCUCCUGGCUUCCCAGGAAAACCAGGCACUGGAAAACCAGGGCUGCAUGGGCAGCCUGGCCCCGCCGGCCCCCCUGGCUUCUCCCGAAUGGGCAAGGCUGGUCCCCCAGGGCUUCCAGGCAAGGUUGGACCGCCAGGGCAGCCUGGGCUUCGAGGGGAGCCAGGGAUACGAGGGGACCAGGGCCUCCGGGGGCCCCCAGGACCCCCUGGCCUACCUGGGCCCUCAGGCAUUGCUGUCCCUGGGAAACCAGGCCCCCCGGGAGUGCCAGGGCCCCCAGGAUUUGGGGGGGAGCCAGGGCCCCAAGGAGAGCCUGGGCCCCCUGGUGAUCGAGGCCUCAAGGGUGAAAAUGGAGUGGGUCAGCCAGGGCUGCCUGGAGCUCCAGGGCAGGGUGGUGCCCCUGGACCCCCUGGUCUCCCUGGUCCAGCUGGCUUGGGCAAGCCAGGUUUGGAUGGGCUUCCUGGGGCCCCUGGAGAUAAGGGUGAGUCUGGGCCUCCCGGGGUACCAGGACCCAGGGGGGAGCCAGGAGCUUUGGGCCCAAAAGGGCCCCCUGGGGUGGAUGGUAUGGGAGUACCAGGGCCAGCAGGGCUGCCAGGGCCACAGGGCCCACCAGGGGCCAAAGGGGAGCCAGGGACCCGGGGCCCUCCUGGCCUGAUAGGCCCCACAGGCUAUGGGAUGCCAGGGCUGCCAGGUGCCAAGGGGGACAGGGGCCCAGCUGGGGUCCCAGGGCUCUUGGGGGACAGGGGCGAGCCAGGGGAGGAUGGGGAGCCAGGGGAGCAGGGCCCACAGGGCCUUGGGGGCCCCCCUGGACUUCCGGGGUCUGCAGGGCUCCCUGGCAGACGUGGGCCCCCUGGGCCUAAGGGGGAAAGCGGGCCUGGAGGACCCCCAGGAAUGCCCGGCAUUCGGGGUGACCAGGGGCCUAGUGGCCUGGCUGGGAAACCUGGGCUCCCAGGAGAAAGGGGGCUUCCAGGGGCCCAUGGACCUCCUGGACCGACUGGGCCCAAAGGUGAGCCAGGUUUCGCAGGCCGCCCUGGAGGACCAGGGGUGGCAGGAGCCCUUGGGCAGAAGGGUGACUUGGGGCUCCCUGGGCAGCCUGGCCUGAGGGGCCCUUCAGGAAUCCCUGGGCUCCAGGGUCCGGCUGGCCCCAUCGGGCCUCAGGGUCUGCCCGGCCUGAAAGGUGAACCAGGCCUGCCGGGGCCCCCUGGAGAGGGGAAGGUGGGGGAACCUGGCAUGGCUGGGCCUACAGGGCCUCCUGGCAUCCCAGGUUCCCCAGGACUCACGGGCCCUCCUGGGCCUCCUGGGCCUCCUGGCCCCCCCGGCGCCCCUGGGGCCUUCGAUGAGACGGGCAUCGCCGGCCUGCACCUGCCCAACGGUGGCGUGGAGGGAGCUGUGCUGGGCAAGGGGAUCAAGCCGCAGCUUGGGCUGGGUGAGCUGUCGGCCCACGCCACGCCCGCCUUCACCGCUGUGCUCACCUCGCCCUUCCCCGCCUCCGGCAUGCCUGUUAAGUUUGACCGGACCCUCUACAACGGCCACAGUGGCUACAACCCAGCCACCGGCAUCUUUACCUGCCCCGUGGGCGGGGUCUACUACUUCGCUUACCAUGUGCACGUCAAGGGCACCAAUGUGUGGGUGGCCCUAUACAAGAACAACGUGCCCGCUACCUACACCUACGACGAGUACAAGAAGGGCUACCUGGACCAGGCGUCUGGCGGGGCCGUGCUCCAGCUGCGGCCCAACGACCAGGUCUGGGUGCAGAUGCCCUCGGACCAGGCCAACGGCCUCUACUCCACCGAGUACAUCCACUCCUCCUUUUCAGGAUUCUUGCUGUGCCCCACAUAACCCGUGCUGCCCUGGCCUCCUCCCCUUUAGUGGUAGAGAGACCUUCUUACUUACAAAGAACCUCCAUUUAAAGAAAAAACCAAAGGCUGAACAGAGGCGGGAACAGAGGUGGCCUUGGCCUUGGCCUGAGGAGACUGACUGGGUUUCUUCCUCCGCGCAGGCUGAGGUUGUUUCUGGAAGAAGCUGGCCUGAAUUCCUCUCCCCCACCUGUCUGUGCAGUGUCGGGGUUGUGCCCCACUCCUGCCCUGCCUGGCCUGCACGCAGGGCCCCAGGACACUCAGCCCAGCUGGUGGAGACCCCUGCCCCCUUGCGAGUUCUGGGCUCUGCCAGGCGGUGAAGGAUGCUGCUUCUCUGUGAGUCAGAGCUGAGAGGGGACUGAGUUCCCCUGGGGAGACAUAUUCCCAAGCCCUGCCCUUCCUGCUCUCCCCCAGAUGGCACCUGCUCAAGCAGUGGGGCGUGGCCUCGCUCAGUUCUUGGCUGGGGCGCUUCCAGCUGCCCUGGGACCUCCAGCAUGAGACAGUGGGUCCCCUGAAGAAUCUUUCUCUCUCUCCUGGGGAAGGGAGAGGAGGGGGACCAUCGAGGUGGCCAGUGUGGACACCCUGUCAGGACUGCAACCAUAGCGGUGAGGCUGUGGCAUCAGGCCUGUCCCUGGUGGGUACAGGUGCAUGGCCCCUCCAGCAAGCUCCCGGGAAGUGCCGAUCCCCUUUCAAUGCUCAGGCCGCAGCUACGGAGAAUGGUGGUUUGUGAAGGGUAGGGGCACGGGUCUGGGGCAGGAUGGUGGCUCUUCACGUUCGUCUCCAUCCCCCAGGCUGCCCCCACCAGCUCUGGCUCUGUUCAGCAUGAGGGCAGCCCCGGGCCCCUGGGCACCGUCCCAAGUGGGCACGAGGCAGGAUGGGUACUCAGUGAACAUGAGUAUCCCUCCUUUUCUCUCCUUGCACCUGCUAGGGGAGGGCUGAUUUUCUCAGACAGAAUUAUAAGGGAUCCUUGCCACCCCUAACCCCAUUAUCCCCAAGGCAGAGAGCUUCUUGUUUGCCCUCAAAACAAGGUGCACACGACCUUGGGGAUGAAGGCAACUGCCUGCUUUUCCUUAAUAAGAGCCAUAUGGUGGGUGGGUGUCGACCACAGGGGUUAAUCUGGGGGGGCUUCCUCUCCUUCCACUCUCUGGUUCCAAUUUCCUGUCCUAGGCAGGAUUAGGGCCCAGGAGGCUGAGGCCCUGAGAAAAAGGGUGCCAGCAGGCCCCUCUGGAAUGAGUUGGAUGUUUCCGCCAUUUUCCCCAAUCAGAGCUGCCCGCCCCCUGCACGAAGCCAGCAGGACCCCCUCCCAUCCCCUCAGCCCCUUGUUCAAGCUGAGUGGAUCCAGCUGAGACGUGGAUCCAGCGUGACCCUGCUCCACUUAUGGCCUGCGCCAGCGUGCCCAUGGUGAGGAAGGAGGCUGACCACUGACUUCUGACUUGUUACGCUGGGGCUCCGUCAGGCCCCUCGCCUGGCCUCCUCCCCACCCACAGCUUCUCCAAACAAAGCAGACCGCUUGCCUCCUCACUGUAACUUUCAGAAGGAGAAAUGAAAACCCACAUCUGCCCGAGUGGCACUUUAAAAGCAGGCUGUGGCUAGGGUUCCUGGUGGGCUUCUUAUUCAUCAGUGUCCACGGGUACUAAGUCUCAAGUCAUACUUCAUGGGGCCAUCUGCUCAGCCUCCUUCCUGGGUCAAAGCCACCGCCAUCUGACCUGUUAGGGAGGGUUCCGAUGGGCAGAAAUGCAUCAGCUCCUAGUGGGAGCUCAGGGCCCUGAGGAGGGUACGGGGAGCCAAAGAGAAAAAAAGAAAAAAGAAAAAAAAGCUGUUUCACAGAACUAAGUUUCUGCUAAAUGUCAUUCCUGAAGCCUUUGGGGAGAAGUGGGUGUUGUUUCCAAAAUGUUUAUGGGAUAUUAGUUCCAGGUGUCCACCUGACUGACUAGCUUUGAUAAACUAUGUCGGGUUUUAACAAUGAAAACUACAUCACCUUGUGCAUUUUUAUAUUGUCCUCAAUUUCUUUUUAAGGUUUAAAUGUUUCCCAUUAGUAAUUUCAUCUCUCACCUGGUAUAGGAAACCUAGUUCUCUACAUACCUCUUACGUGCCCUGUGUCACAGAAGAUUCGGCAAAAACGCACUUGGGAAUCAAAGUAAAUGGGACUUCAUUUUGAAAAGAAACGCAAUGGUAUUGACUGUACUGACACAAUCUCA